AUGCAACAAGGCUCUUUUAUUCCACCAUACAUGUAUGAUGACAAUGAUCAUCAUGCGAUGAAACCAUCACAAAUAUCAUCAGCUCCACCCAUGAGUGAUUUGAGUGAUCAUCAUGAUGAUGAUUUGAGCAUGGAUCAAUCGAAUCAGUUUAUGGGUUUAAGUAUGAAGUUAUCGGAAUCCAUAAAUACAGCAUCGCAAUCGGCAUCCAUCCAUGUACAUACAAUGCCUAUAACUCCACCUUCAUCUUCGUUAAAAUAUAACAUAAUUCAUGCAAGUGCAGAAAAUCAAAAUGAUGUUUUGGAUAUUCGAAGUAAACUUGACAAGGAGCGUGCAUAUGUCGGACGGGUAGAUGUCAGUGGCAGUCACGGGCAACAUGCUACGAAUGGAAGAGUUGGUAGAGCUGGUAGACAUGGAAGAAAUGGCCAAUCAAGAUCAACAAACGUUGGAGAACGAGGAGAAAACGGAGAGAAUGGUAGUGCUGGAGAAGAAGCCGUUCCUGCUCAAAACGGUUUUUCAGCGGAUAAUUUGAACAUUCUUAUUGACAGAUCUUCACAUCCAAAAGAGUUGGUCAUUAAAUAUUCAAGAGAUUCUCAUAAAGGAGCUUAUUCACAAUCUAAUAGAUAUGGAUACAACAGCUCAAUCAUUGACGAAUAUCAAUUUACUUCUUGCUCACGAUUUCCACUACAUUCGAAUAAUGAAUACGUGCUAUUUAAAGCAUGUGGUGGUAAUGGAGGGAAUGGAGGAAAUGGAGGUCAUGGCGGUCCUGGUGGUAAUGGAGGAAAUGGUGGAAAUGGAAUUCAAGAAGGUGGAAGUGGUGGUGAUGGAGGUCUUGGAGGAGAUGGAGGAAGACCUUCCUACGGUGGUCAUGGAGGCAAUGGAGGAAUUAUUUUUAUUAAUACCCAAGGAGGACGAGCUGGAUAUAAUGGUGUCCCUGGUGAACCUGGAGAGGGUGGAAAGGGAGGUAAAGGAGGACAUGGAAAUGUGAAGAGCGGAACAAAUGGGCGAAAUGGAAAUCCUGGUACAAAAGCCAUUCAAAACAUUUCCUUUGAUCCACAAUAUGGAAAUGAUGGGUUCACAAUUUAUAGGGUUUUGGAUUUUCGAACGAAUCAAGUCAUGUAUGAAGGUCAAAAAUGUUAUUCUGCAAGACUACUCUCCUUCGAUGUUGUGGCAGCAGAUGAUGAUGGAAUUUACGAACCUGGUGAGGAGAUAUUCUUGACUUCAUUCAAGGUUCACAAUGACGGUGACAUUCCUCUUCCAGCAGGAGCAAUUUUAAAGAUUUCACCAGAUCCCAAUAGUUUUAUUUUGAGUGAUGAUCAGUAUAUACUGCCAGAGAUUGGACCCAAGCAAACCAUUACGCUCACAAAUGCCAAACUUUCGGCCAGAAUUUCUUCCGACUUGUUGUUAAAAAGUCGUGAACUGUCCAAGAUGAUAUCUGUUAAGGUUCAGAUCGAUCUCUUUGAUCGUGUGUUUUCUGAAUCCAUUCUUGGUUGCAAUAUCAACGUUCAAUAUCCACUAUCUAUUUCUGACAUUGCAUAUUUGAAGCAAAUGGGAAGAGGGGAUUCAUCGGAUUUGGUUCUUACCAUAUCCAAUCUGAGCAAAAAUCACUAUCCUUUCAUGUACCGAAUUACAACAAAAGAUCAACUUUUCUUCGUGGAAACAGAAUUAAGGCAAAUCAUGAAUCAAGCAAGUGUCAAUUCUGAAGGUUUCACAUUUCACACACAUCCAAUUAUUGUCGGCUAUUGCACAGAGUUUUAUCAAAAUCAAUCGUUUGAAGUGGAAUUAAUCUACAAAGACAAGACAAUUCAGAAAAUUGAAAAAUAUGUGCAGGCAGUUCCUCAUUUUAAUCCUUCAAUGAUUGAAACCACCGAUUUAUUGUUAAUCACAAACAGUAAUUUUAGAAAAGAGGAUUUCAAAGCAUUCUCAGAGAUUUUCCAAUUACUUAAUUUAAGACCUAAUUAUUGGGACUUGGAUUUUUAUAAGGGAAUAUCUUUCCAAGAAGAUUGUGGGCAACGACACACUGUCUCUUGUGUCGACAAGUAUCGAGGAAAGCCUAUCAUAUUUUGCGCAAAGAAUAAGGAUGAUAUUAGAAAGUUUUAUGCAAUGGAUAUUGCUCAUCACUUUGGCGUUUAUGGACCUAUUUUGGAGAACAUGUAUGAAUACAAGAGUAGUGUGCUAAUUCUAACUCCAACACUUCCAAGUAAGGAUGAAAUGAAGAAUUACUUUAGUGAUCCUAGUGUUGCCACAAAAGUGGAGUUUGAUGAAAAUGCAUUUUCAGGAUAUUACAAACUUCUCUAUCCUAAAGCUGCCGACGCUGAUAACAGGUGUUUAGAGCUUGAGAAUGAAAAAGAAAAAGAUAGCAUUUACCGAUUUAAAUUUAAAAUAGAUUUACUUGAUAUCAAGCAAGUGAAAAGCGAUUCGUGGGUCUCUUGGAAAUACUCCUAUGGAAAAUGCAGCUGUUACAAAUUGCCCUUAAACAUCCUUCAUUCAUUUAUUGGAUUCUCAUUUGACAGCAAAUCAGAUUACUUGGACUUUGGUCAAGUGGUGGAUCAAGUGACAGGAGAACGUUUGGAAAAUCUCAAAAUCAUUGAUAUUCUUCGUAACAAGAACCAUUCUAUCAACUUUAAACUUCUCUUUGCUGUUAUUUACAGCAUGAAUUUACAGUCCAAGUUUAGAAUCAUUAAGGAGCUUGGAAAAACAGAGACAGAAAAAUUAAUUGCAGAAUUAAUUCGAUGGGUUAUAUUUGAAAGUGUGAAACGAGAAUUGAGAAUGGCAGACACAUUCCCAACUUUAGAAGGUAUUGCCAACGUAUUACAAGAAGACUCGUCAUUAAUUUGUGAAGCUACUGUUUAUUCAGUAAUGAAUCUCUUGAAUCGAGCAACUGGAUUUACCUAUUGGAGAAGUUGGUUACCAUUCUCAUCUUUAUCCUAUGGUUUCAAGACAAAACGAACAAAAAUCCAAAAUCUUUAUGACCUUGUCGAGGGUGAAAUACGAAGAUGGUCUCUUGAAUCCAUUCAACGUAAGGAAGUGGAGUACUUUGAUGUCGAUACCACAAUUCUCAAUGCUCAAAGAGAUGUUCAAUCUUCAACAAACACGAGCUUCCUCAAACUUCGUGAUGUUCCACUCGUCUAUUUAUUGGAGUGA